AUGAACGUGGUGCAUAUUCCGCACAACGGCGAGCUCGCCCAACUCUACGCGCCGCCUUCUUGUGGACAAAACCCAGAUUUUCUCCGCCACAUCAAUGCGAGGAAUGCGAAAAUCGUUGCGGCUCUCUUCGUAUUGUCGUUGGGAAUUUAUCACGGCGUGAUACACUUGUUCUAUGGGAUCGACACUUGUCGGUGGAUCCUGAGCGAUGGCCGGUUCCAGGGUGAUCACGUCUGGCAGCCGUACGGUUGCAUGCUGCAUACGUAUUCGAACGCUGAAACUCGGAUGUGUCUUCGUUAUGUGUCAUAUUGGGGAGGCAAAACCCAUGUCGUUUUCAUCGGGGAUUCCCGAAUCCGACAACUGUACUACUCAUUCGUCAGACAGUCGAAGCCCUAUACGGACGAAGAAGCGGAGGAAACGCCAGCACACCAUGAUCUUUUCUAUGAAGAGCCGAAACUCCACACGAAGGCGGAAUUCUUCUGGCAGCCCGUGGUCAACGGCAGCAUGUAUGCGGUCUUCGAUCGAUGGCUGGGCAAUAAACGCGAAAGAGCUCGAGAACGGAGUCCCACCAUUUUGAUCUCGGGGAGCGCCACAUGGACUCUCAAGCAGAGUAAUGCUAGUCUCGACGCCCUAGACGAAUACCGUCGAAAUGUAUCCGGCGUGGCAGGUCUUAUGGAUAAACUCACCAAGCUUGGAACGCAGGUCCUCUGGGUUCUUCAAGAUCCGGUCGACAAUGAUAAAUUCGACCCAUCGCGGAAGAUGAUCACCAAUCGCAUGUUGGAUCUCUACAAUGAAGCAGCGCUGGAGGCUUUCAGUUACUCCGAUGUGCAGAUUUUUUCGGCCAUCAAACACAUCGCGAGUGGCUAUUACGACCGGGAGCAAUAUCGAUUAUGGGAUGGGCUCCACACGAGCAACUUCACGGUGGAUUACGCGAUUCAGCUGAUGUUCAACAUGUACUGUAAUGACAAAAUGCGUUGGGAGGAUUGCACGUGUUGCGCUCAGCCAGAGGCCCUAACAGGUCUCCAGAAAGUGACGAUGGCGACUUUCGGUCUUUUCUUCCUGGUGACAUUAAUUCUCUUUAUCAAGAACCAGUCUCUGUGCCAUCGCCUACAGCGCGCCCACCGCUACCAACAGUACCAGCGCUACGUGCCUUUGAAUCACGCGAAGCCGAACGGAGAACUCACAAAACUCUUCAACUCGUUGAGCAAACUCGGCCUCAUCAUGAUGUAUUUUUUGAUUUGCGACCGAACGAACUUUUUCUUGAAAGAGAACAAAUACUUCACUCAAUUGAAUUUUUUCCUACCGAUCUGUUACGUCUCUGCGCUGGGCUUGUUUUUCACCGAGGACGUGAAAAAAGAGGGCCGACGAAGUUCGGAGCCCGACUCCGAGCAGAAAGACCGUCGGCCUAGCAACGGACUCUUCACCGAGACCGAGCAGCCGCGAGCGAACGGCAUCGCGUGCACAGACGCUCACGAGGCAGGUUCCGAGACGUUGGUCACGUCUCCGACGGAGCCACGGUGCGAGAGCACGAUUUUGCAUCGGAAACAAACUCAGGAGUGGAAAGGCUGGAUGCAGUUGGUCGUUCUCAUCUACCACAUGACCGGCGCAUCGAAGAUCGUCCCCAUAUACAUGCAUGUCCGCGUGCUGGUCACUUCAUACCUGUUCCUCACCGGGUACAAUCAUUUCACUCAUUUCUGGAUGGGCGGCGACGCGAGCAUAUUCCGAUUGGCGAAAGUGGUCUUUCGUUUGAAUCUUCUCGUGUUCGUGCUCUGUCUGUCGAUGAACCGACCGUACCAAUUCUAUUACUUCGUGCCCUUGGUCACGUUCUGCACGCUGCUCGUUCACCUCACCAUGGUCUUGCCACCGAGGGUCACGGCAGCGAGCGCUGAGCAGAACCCGAUACAGUACAUGUACAUGGUGCUCAAGUUCGUCGCUCUGUUCUCGGCGAUAACGCUCCUGUAUAUGUCGCAGGUCCUCUUCGAGAAAAUCUUUCUCAUGCCACCCUGGAAAGCUCUGUUUGUCAUCUCAGCGUCCGAGAACGUGCGCGAAUGGUAUUUCCGCUGGAAAAUCGACCGCUACUCUACUCCUUGCGGGAUGUUGUUUGCCUUUCUUUUGCAUUCAGCAAAGAAACACGGUCUCAUCAUCGAUUCGGUGUCCGAGAACGUCGUGCGGUCCCGACUGUUGAUUCUCUUCAUGACCGCUGUGUCGGUGAUCAGCUUCAUGAUUUCGACGACGUUCGCUUUCUAUUGCGGCGAGAAGCCUGACUGCAACGAGGUCCAUCCCUACAUCUCUUGGCUGCCGAUUCUCGCCUACAUUACGCUCCGGAACCUUUACGGUCAGAUUCGAGCCAAGUUCAGCGCUUUUUUCGCUUGGUUCGGGGAGCUUUCCCUAGAGCUAUUCGUAUGUCAAUACCACGUGUGGCUCAGUGCCGGGACCCACGGAGUGCUGGUUCUCAUUCCGAAGUACCCGGUACUGAAUGUGUGCAUCACUUCGUUUAUUUUGGUGUCGAUCGCGCACGAGGUCAGGCUGCUGACUGCCUACCUCUCCAAAUACGCUGUGCCUCAAGACGGCCGAAAACUGCUGAGAAACGUGAUAAUACUGUUGAUAAUCCUGCUACCCAUCGGCAUACAUGACAAAAUGUUGUGAAUACGAAACACGUCCUCCACGUGAUCUGCACAAGUAUAUUUCGCACGAAAUCAGAUUAUCCACCGAUGAGCGGAGAUCCCGAUUCUCGAUGAGAAAAGCCCUCGUCAGGAUCAGGAAGCCUCAGUCAGCGCAUACGGCUGGCCAACCACCGAAAACAAUAAUUAUAAAGUAGAGAAUUCUUGCGUGUGAAAUCAGCGGGAAUGGUAGAGGGGGGAGGGGGAUGGGUUGAGGAGACUUUGGGGUAAAGUCGAGUCGAUUCGAUUUCAUAAUGAACCCUAGUGAGACUAGAUAAG